AUGGCUUCUCUCUCGACCGACCAACCCUCAGCGAGGCGGACUUUUGCCAAUGCGCACCUUCCUGCUCAAGGCAUCGACCUUUCCUCUGCUGACCACCAACAGCUGGCUGCUUCCGCUAGCCCACAACCUUUCCAACAUGAUCACGCCAGCAAUCAAAUCAACCAGUCCUCUCUUGACGAUGCUAUCUCUCCUGUUCUCCCAAGAAAACUUAUCCCGUCGCCCUCGAAUGAGCCUCCUAUGGCACCUUUGAUGGACGGCCUCGAAACAACGCCCGUGUUAACCACACAAGUCCUGUGCGGUACAUCUGACGAAAGCGCUACUCAGUUGUCUUCAUCAGAUGACUCGGCCAAACCCCCUAGCCUUGAUGGAAAAAGCGUGGCUUCUAUCACCACGUUCGCCAUGGAUGAAAAAGAGUCGCUGAGACCUGAUGAUAGUGCCAGUGUCUUGGCCAUCGAGGAUGAUGACACUUACUCGCCAUCAGGAUCCGCUGCUGUCGGUUCGCGUUUGGGCUCAGAGACAGGCGCUCGUGCCUUCCGUGAUCAACUCUUGGAAAUUACCUCCAGAGGACCCGCGCUGCGUCAGUCUGGACCUACUUCGAGACCUGAUUCAACCACCAACGCACCGAUUGGAACGCUCUAUGUGCCUCCCCCAAUCGGUAGCUCCACAGCUCUCCCUGGUUAUGUACAACCACCCACAAACGUUGGCAGACCUGAAGAUGUUUUGCCUGAUGUGAAGCUCUUGGAAGCUCUGAACAACCCCAGAGACAGGAUAUGGGUGCUCAAUGAACAUUCUCUAGACUUGCCGCAAUGCAACUCCUUCUACAGAAUGCUGGCUCACAAAUUGGCUGAUUAUUACAUCCUGGGUCAUGCAGUGGACGGUUCCAUCUCAGCCGUUCGUCUGUACAAGACUCCAAACUGUCGAAUUGCGCCCCCUUUGACAGCCAUUGCGACACCGCCAACAAGCACCAGCACACCACCUCCCGCCGCGCCUCAGAUGAAGAUCCUGCGUCGUGGUGGUGAUGCACCGCUGAACGGCCUCUCCAAAUCGAACUCUGAUGGAGGCGACAGCGCCGACUCGGACAAAAACAAACCAUUGACUCGUGAACAACGUGAGCAGAGGUAUGAACUGGCUAGACUACGAAUUCUGGGGUCUGCAAAGCCGACAGAGGAUGCACUCCUUGUUAAGGAGAAGGAUGAAUCCCGUUCAAGCUCUGCUGCUGGAAAGAAGAAGCCUAAGAAGCAGCGCAGCAACAGUGACGAUGACUUUGAGGCCAGGUCUGCUUACAGCACCUUUGUGGCGCCGCAGAAUGGCGCCCCUGACGGCGGAAACAUGGUCUACUACCCCGCAUUCCCCGGCGGUGCUCAAGGUGCCCCUGGCAUGUACAGUGGUGUUCCCACGGCUUCAGCUGCACAGAACUCAUAUAAUGCUGUCUAUGGUCCCAUGACGCCGUCCCAGGCCGCUCCCUACCCAUGGUUGCAACAAGGUUACUCUGGUUAUAACGAUCCCAACAAUCAAGCACAGCACAACGUCAAUGACCUCUCUGCUGAUUUCCAAGCCAUGUCUUUCCAGACACAAUCCGGACCUACCUCACCUCCCCCGGCUGGCCCAUACGGCUAUGGUAGCCCCCACAACCAGCAACAGCAGCAGUAUUCAUCAUGGCAGCAAAUGAUGCCCAACCAAUCGGGCUACCCUGGCAGCCCCAACAACUACGGUAGCCAGUUUGCAAGCAGACCUCCAUCUUCAGCAAGCCACGGAUCCGCCACACAUGGCUACCCAUAUGGGGCACCAAUGAAUCAGAUGCAGAUGCCUGAUACGUACAUGGGAUACUCCAACCAAGCUAUGGCUGGUGCAUACAACCGUGGAAACUUCAAUCCUCAAAGCCAGGCAUUCAUUCCCGGCUAUCAGCCUCAUUAUGGCGCACAGAUGGCGCCUCCCAACAACAUGGGCUUCAAUGCGGCUUAUCCUGGAUCGCAUGCACUGCAACGUCAAAACUCUAGCCAGUCACAGGCAUCGUCAUACGUCGGACAAAGCAGCGGCCAGAACAAUAGCAGACCGCCUCAUCCUCUGCCACAACCUGUCUUCUCUCCCCAUGUUCCCAUGCCAUUCCAAAAUUCACAGCGACAAGCUGGCACGCCGUCUCGCCCUGGUACUACAUCAGCAGCAGAGAACAACAGCAGUACACCAAGCUCGAUUGCGAAAUGGGGAACGCCAGCCUCUUUACCUGCCAAGCCCCCUCCGCCGGCGGCAACCAACUCGUUCGACAUGUCCAGGAUGCCACAUGGGCAGCAGAAUGGCGCACCGUAUAGUCCUGGGGCCUCGGGGAGACUGCCCGGAGUUGGAGGACAGGGAUUCCAUGCUUUGCCAUCGAUGGUUGCUUUGCGUAACGGACAGACACCUCGGAGCGGGCAGUGA